AUGGUCCCCACGCACUGGCCGGCGCUCCAGGUGGUGGCGGCGGCUGCUGUCCCACUCGCUCAGUGCUCUCGCCCGGCUUCGGCUGCUGCGAGCAGCGGCCACCAGGAUGUGGCGGGGCGGCCGCCGCCGGCGCCCGGGCCUGGGUCUGACCUAAAAACGGGCUGCGGGGACUUGAAACACCCGAAGGUGUCCCCCAGCCUCCCUGGACAGGACACUGUUUAUUCCCCCACGGAAAGCCUCAGCCGCUGCACACCUGUCCCCUCUCUUCUCGCCGGGGACCCUGGCCACUGGCUGUCUCCUCCAGUCCAGCAGAGCUGGGUGCUCCCGCAGAUCCCCGGGCCAGCCUCCCCCAAACCCGCCAGCGCUGCCGAUCUGCUCCCCACAGCCCAGCGCCGGUCCCCCUCUGUUGGGAAUGUGCUGAGGGUGGUGCCCAGGGCGCACACGGCACCCCGGGAUCCCUGCAACCGCCGGGGCCUGUGCCUGCUUCGCCCGUGGCAGCUCCCCGGGGCUGUUCCGCGACAGCUGCGCGCGAUCGAUCCCCGAAGGCCCCGCGUCUCCAAUCGAAUCCCCAUCGCUCUGGGCCGCGCGCUGCGCAAACACCCGCUUGUUAGCAGCGGCCCGGGGGCUGCGCGACCCACCGACCGCACGGGCUCCCGUCCCGGGAGAAACAGCCUGAAGUGUCCCACGGUGGCCAGGGAGGUCUGGAGGAGCCCCAGCCCGAGGGAGGACCCUGGCCUGCACGCCAGGCGCACGGGGGGCCCGAACGGCGUCCGCCCGGAGCCGCAGCAGCUGGGCCGGAGGCAGAGGGAGGGCGAGGCCCGGCUGGACCAUCAACGCCUCAUUUAUCAGAGCACAGCCCGGCUCUUUCCGCCGCCCAGCGGUGCGGACGGCGCGCCCCUGCCGGGCAGCUCGGCGGCGAGCCAGGCCUUUGGGGUUCAGGACCCGGUGUCCCCAGCCUCGGGCCUGGACCUCCCCGGGGAUCGCUGGAGUCACGCGGAGGGGAGGGUCUCGGUGUGCCCGAGCCCUGGGCGUGUGGCCGUGGGCGUGCCCGCGUGGCCGUGGGCGUGUGGCCGUGGGCGUGCCCGCGUGGCCCCGUGGUGGAAGUCUUGUGGCCGGAUCCCAGAGCCGUCUCUCCUGGGGGGUGACGCAGACCUGGAGCCACCUGGGAAGCUGUGUGACGUCACACCCGUGGUUCACCCCUCGCUGCGGCCCGCGGGUGACGUCACGUCCGUGGUCCACCCCUCCGUGGUGACGUCACCCCGCGGUUCGGCCGCCACGACCCCUGCACGCUGGGGUGUGAGCCUGAGCCACGGGACGCUCUCCUCCCUGCCACACUUCCCCACGCGAGAACGAGGCCUUCGCUCCGAGCCUCCUGAGUGCUGGGGUGAUGGGCGUGCCCAGCCCUCACCGGGUGGUGAACACAGAGGGACCCGACGAUGCCUCGGUGGUGCCCGGAGGGAGAGCCUCGGCUCAGGGCGCCUCUGGCAGGGAACCUGUGCAGGGAACGGCGGGCGUCCCGCUGAGCAAGGAGCAAGAACUCGGGGACACGAGACAGAGGAGAAGAACCCGGGGUCAUUCCUGCUACACAGUCAGGUGGAGGCCAGCCUGGACCACAGGGACCCUGGUACAGUGACGUGUGAGGAGCCCAACAGCCGGAUGCAUGACUUUGUGGGGAGCCUGGAGUGGAACAGCAGGAAGUACCCACUGGACAUCGGAAACCUCCUCCUGCGUGGCUGCAAGAUCCGCAACACAGACACCUGCUACGGCCUGGUCAUCUACGCUGGUUUAGACACAAAGAUCAUGAAGAACUGUGGAAAGAUUCAUCUGAAGAGGAAGCUGGACCUGCUGAUGAACAAGCUGGUGGUCCUGAUCUUCGUGUCCCUGGUGAUCGGCUCCCUGCUGCUAGCACUGGGCUUCACCUUCACGGUGAAAGAAUUCAAAGGCAAACACUACUACGUGUCGGCGCUGCACCAGCGCACGGAGGCCAUGGAGGUUUUCUAUUUCUGGGGCUUCCUCAUCCUGCUCAGCGUCAUGGUGCCCAUGGCCAUGUUCAUCAUUGCCGAGUUCAUCUACCUGGGGAACAGCUUCUUCAUCAACUGGGACCUCAACAUGUACUACGAGCCCCUGGACAUGCCCGCCAAGGCCCGCAGCACCAGCCUCAACGACCAGCUGGGUCAGGUGCAGUACAUCUUCUCAGACAAGACCGGGACUCUGACACAGAACAUCAUGACCUUCAAGAAGUGCUGUAUCAACGGCCACGUCUACGAUUCAGAUGAUGAGCAUGGUACUCUCCCGAAGCGGAACCCCUAUGCCUGGAACCUGUUCGCCGACGGCAAACUCCAGUUCUACAAUAAGGAGCUGGAGUCCCUGGUGCGAGGCCAGCAGGACAGGGCAGUGCAGGAGUUCUGGCGUCUGCUGGCCAUCUGCCACACCGUGAUGGUCCAGGAGAAAGACAAUCAGCUGCUGUAUCAGGCGGCCUCCCCUGAUGAAGAAGCACUGGUUACCGCUGCCAGGAACUUUGGAUACGUGUUUUUGUCUCGGACCCAGGACACCAUCACCCUGGUGGAGCUGGGGGAGGAACGGGUCUACCAGGUUCUGGCCAUGAUGGAUUUCAACAGUCGAAAGCGGAUGUCAGUGCUGGUCCGAAACCCAGAGGGUUCCAUCUGCAUCUACACCAAGGGUGCAGACACAGUCAUCUUGGAGCGUCUUCACAAGAAGGGUGUCAUGGAGGCCACCACAGAGGAAGUCUUGGCUGCCUUCGCGGAGCAGACCCUGCGCACCCUGUGCCUGGCCUACAAGGAGGUGGCGGAGGAUGCCUAUAAACAAUGGGAACCUGAGCACCAGGAGGCCGCCCUCUUGCUGCAGAACCGUGCGCAGGCCCUGCACCAGGUGUACAACAAGAUGGAACAGAACCUCCAGCUGCUGGGAGCCACAGCCAUUGAAGACAAGCUGCAGGACGGCGUGCCUGAGACCAUCAACUGCCUCAAGAAGGGGAACAUUAAAAUGUGGGUGCUGACCGGGGACAAGCCAGAGACUGCGGUGAACAUCGGCUUCGCGUGCAAGCUGCUGUCGGAGAACAUGAUCAUUAUGGAAGAUAAGGACAUCAAGCGUUUACUGGACAACUAUUGGAACGAAAGCGAACAGCACAGGUCGUUCAAGAUGAUGACCCACCACAACAUGGCCUUGAUCAUCAAUGGGGAGUUCCUGGAUCAGUUGCUCCUGUCCUUGCGCAAGGAGCCCCGAGCUCUGGUCCAGAAUGCGGUGGUGGAUGAGGUCGACCAGGAGCCGGUGAUGUCUAGGAUGGACUUUCUCCAGGCGCGGAGGAUCUCCCAGAUGUUUCGAAACUUUGGGUCCUCCCUGGCACCAUCCCCGUCAGUCACCCCCAAGACUGGCGAGAGCCUCGAAGAGCGGCGGGAGAGGGCCUUUGUAGACCUGGCCUCCAAAUGCCAGGCUGUCAUCUGCUGCAGGGUGACACCCAAGCAGAAGGCCCUGGUGGUGGCGUUGGUGAAGAAAUACCAGCAGGUGGUGACGCUGGCCAUCGGAGAUGGAGCCAACGAUGUGAACAUGAUCAAGACUGCAGACAUCGGCGUGGGCCUCGCGGGUCAGGAGGGCAUGCAGGCCGUUCAGAACAGCGACUACGUGCUGGCCCAGUUCUGCUACCUGCAGCGGCUGCUCCUUGUGCAUGGACGCUGGUCCUACAUGCGCGUCUGCAAGUUCCUGCGUUACUUUUUCUACAAGACGGUGGCGAGCAUGAUGGCCCAGAUUUGGUUCUCCUGUUCAUACGGCUUCACCGCACAGCCCCUGUAUGAAGGCUGGUUCCUGGCUCUCUUUAACCUGAUGUACUCCACGCUCCCAGUCCUGUACAUCGGUCUGUUUGAGCAGGACGUGACUGCUGAGAAGAGCCUAAAGAUGCCCAAGUUGUACGUGGCUGGCCAGAAAGAUGAGCUGUUCAACUACAGCAUCUUCCUGCAAGCCAUUGUCCACGGCGCCCUCACAUCUAUCAUCAACUUCUUCGUACCGGUGCUGGUCAGCCAUGACAUCUCCAAGUCUGGCAGUUCCAGUGACUACCAGUCCCUUGGGGUACUGGUGGCAAUAUCUGGGCUGCUUUCUAUCACCAUGGAGGUUAUUCUUGUCAUUAAGUACUGGACACUCCUGUGUGUGGGCAGCAUCGUGCUCAGCCUCGCCUCCUACGUCCUCAUGACAAGCUUCACCCAGAGCAUGUGGUUGUACAAGAUUUCACCAAAGACCUUCCCAUUUUUGUUCGCUGACUACAAUGUGCUCAGCCAGCCUGCCAACCUGCUGGUGAUCAUGCUCAAUGUGACCCUGAAUACGCUACCAGUCCUGGCCUUUCGUGUGAUCCGCAAAACUGUUUUGAAACUGCGGCUUAAGGAGGAGGAGGAGAUCCCGAGUGAGGAAGUGGCUGUGGAGCCGGCCGUGAGGCACCUUCGCCGGGGCACCGCCGCCCGCAGAUCCAGCUACGCCUUCUCCCACCGUGAGGGCUACGCAGACCUGAUCACCCAGGGCACCAUCCUGCGCAGGCCCACGGCAGAAUGUGGUGGGGACACGGUCUGGGAGUCCCCGAACCCAUCUGAAGAGAACCUGUCCUUCAACCACAGAGAGUCAAUAUUUAAUCCGCGGAAGAUCUCCAUCCUGGCUAAGAAGAAACUCCACCACUAUGGAAAGAGGUCCCAGCCGGAGGAGACCCUAGCGAGCUCCCAGAUGGAGAAGCAGGACCUUGUGAACCUGGACACCCGGCCCAUUGACACUGGGAAGCCGCCCACCAUCACAAGCGCCACGUCGGGGUCACUCCAGGUGUCUUCGUCCGAUGACCAAGCCUUCCACAGUGUGCCUUCAGAGUACACCCUGGCCAGCCGGCCGGAGCGCUUGGAUGUCAGGACCUCUUCUUGGAGGAGGCCUCCUUGGAAGGGCUCAGCCUCUUCGAAGAGCCAGCUGUAAGUCCCCACGAAGUAA